CCGCCGCCGCCUCGGCUAACGGGUCCCGCCAGCUCUGCUCACGCCAGCCUCUGCCGGAGCUGACACCAUGGCCCAGAACACACAGGGUGCCCGGUACCGAGGUUCCGUCCAUGACUUCCCGGACUUCGACCCAGGCCAGGAUGCAGAGGCUCUGUACACGGCCAUGAAGGGCUUCGGGAGCGACAAGGAGGCCAUCCUGGAGCUCAUCACCUCUCGCAGCAACAGGCAGAGGCAGGAGAUCUGUCAGAGCUACAAGUCGCUCUACGGCAAGGACCUUAUCGCCGACCUCAAGUACGAGCUGACGGGCAAGUUCGAGCGGCUCAUCGUGGGGCUCAUGCGGCCCCUCGCCUACUGCGAUGCCAAGGAGAUCAAGGACGCCAUUUCGGGCGCCGGCACUGAUGAGAAGUGCCUCAUCGAGAUCCUGGCCUCCCGCACCAACCAGCAGAUGCAUGCGCUGACCGCUGCCUACAAGGACGCCUACGAGCGCGACCUGGAGGCCGAUGUGAUUGGAGACACGUCUGGACACUUCCAGAAGAUGCUGGUGGUCCUGCUGCAGGGCACCCGGGAGGAGGACGACGUGGUCAGUGAGGAGCUGGUGCAGCAGGACGUGCAGGACCUGUACGAGGCCGGGGAGCUUAAGUGGGGCACGGACGAGGCCCAGUUCAUCUACAUCCUGGGCAACCGCAGCAAGCAGCACCUGCGUCUAGUGUUUGAUGAGUACCUGAGGACCACGGGGAAGCCCAUCGAGGCCAGCAUCCGUGGGGAGCUGUCCGGGGACUUCGAGAAGCUCAUGCUGGCCGUGGUGAAGUGUGUCCGCAGCACCCCGGAGUACUUUGCUGAGCGACUCUUCAAGGCCAUGAAGGGCCUGGGCACGCGGGACAACACGCUGAUCCGCAUCAUGGUCACGCGCAGCGAGCUGGACAUGAUGGACAUCCGCGAGAUUUUCCGGACCAAGUACGAGAAGUCGCUGUACAGCAUGAUCAAGAACGACACGUCCGGGGACUACAAGCGGGCACUGCUGAAGCUGUGUGGCGGGGACGACGAUGCCGCCGGCCAGUUCUUCCCCGAGGCCGCGCAGGUGGCCUACCAGAUGUGGGAGCUUAGCGCGGUGGCCCGCGUAGAGCUCAAGGGCACUGUGCGCCCCGCGGACAACUUCGACCCCGAUGCCGACGCCAAGGCCCUGCGCAAAGCCAUGAAGGGGCUCGGGACCGACGAGGAGACCAUCAUCAACAUCAUCACGCGCCGCAGCAACGCACAGAGGCAGCAGCUGCGCCAGACCUUCAAGUCGCACUUUGGCAGGGACCUGAUGGCCGACCUGAAGUCAGAGAUCUCAGGGGACCUGGCCAGGCUGAUCCUGGGGCUCAUGAUGCCACCAGCCCACUAUGAUGCCAAGCAGCUGAAAAAGGCCAUGGAGGGUGCUGGCACCGACGAGAAGACCCUCAUCGAGAUCCUGGCCACUCGGAACAACGAGGAGAUCCGGGCCAUCAAUGAGGCGUACAAGGAGGACUACCACAAGUCCCUGGAGGAUGCCCUGAGCUCUGACACUUCCGGCCUUUUCCGGAGGAUCCUCAUCUCUCUGGCUACGGGCAACCGUGAGGAGGGAGGAGAAGACCGGGACCAGGCCCGGGAGGACGCCCAGGUGGCCGCAGAGAUCCUGGAAAUCGCCGACACCACCAGCGGGGACAAGGACUCCCUGGAGACGCGCUUCAUGACCAUCCUGUGCACCAAGAGCCACCAGCACCUGCGGAGAGUCUUCCAGGAGUUUGUCAAGAAAACCAACUAUGACGUGGAGCACGUCAUCAAGAAGGAGAUGUCAGGGGACGUCAAGGACGCCUUCGUGGCCAUCGUGCAGAGUGUCCGGAACAAGCCCCUCUUCUUCGCGGACAAGCUCUACAAGUCCAUGAAGGGCGCGGGCACAGAUGAGAAGACGCUGACCCGGAUCAUGGUGUCCCGCAGCGAGAUUGACCUUCUCAACAUCCGCCGCGAGUUCCUGGACAAGUACGACAAGUCCCUGCACCAGGCCAUCGAGGGCGACACCUCCGGGGACUUCUGCAAGGCGCUGCUGGCCAUCUGCGGGGGUGACAACUAGCCCGGCCCAGCGAGAAAGGGUCACACGCCCACUCCACAGCGAGAGGAGGAGGCCUCUCGCUCCCGCCCACGCCUGAGCCGCUGCCGGCUGCCCACGGAGCCCACUGAGUCAUCCCGCCUCACGGCGCCCGCCCAACACAGCCCAUGCCCCCUCCCUGCCCGGCCCUC